GGUCUAUAAAUUAAGUAUAUUUUGGUAUGAUUUUAGUUGAUUAUAUGUGCUGCAAAAAUUUCCAGACAAAACUUACUUCAUUUCCCUAGAGUCAUGAUGAAAACCAUUCUGGUGCUUUUGCUUUGUUCUUUCAUGACUAUCCUUUUUGAUACUGCUUCUGCUGCACGACCUUAUGAUGACGUUCCUUACAAUAUAUGCUCAGUUGCUACUGAUAACUCUGUGGGUGAUAGUACGUUUCAAGCAAACCUUGUGAGUUUACUCAAUUUCUUGCCUCUCAAUGCCUCUGUCUCCAGAUUUUAUAAUGCUUCAAUUGGAGAUGACCCAGAUAGAGUUUACGCUCUCUAUAUGUGCCUCGACUUUCUUUCAAAUGAUACUUGUCAUAGCUGCAUAGUAGAAGCAAAAACACGUAUCAUGGAUGGUUGUUCAAUGUCAAAACAAGCAAUUGUAUGGUUGGAAUCCUGUCAGCUGCGCUACUCCAAUGAGAAUUUCUUUGGCAAAUUGAAUGUAUCCAACAACAUUCUUCAAGUCAAUAGAAAGAAUAUUUCAGAGCCAGAAAAGUUUAGGUCUGUUGUGAGACCAAAGCUUAGGGAACUCACUGAGGAAGCGGCUUAUAAUGAUACUUUCCCUAAGAUGUAUGCCACUGGAGAAGUACCAUUUGAAAAUGAAACAAUAAAUGCUCUUGUGCAGUGCACUACCGAUUUAUCUGGAGAUGACUGUUACAAGUGCCUUCAGAGAGCCACAGGACAAGUUUUAGAAGUAUAUUUCUUCGCCAUGGGUGCAAGACUUCUCAGUCCUAGUUGUUACCUGAGGUAUGAGAAAUACUCAUUCUACCCCUACGAUGAUAAAAAACAAGCUUCAAAGGGUGGAAAGAAUAUUUGGUUGAUCACAAUCCUAGUGAGCGUAUCAGCAUGCCUGGCUUUUGUACUUUUUGGUCUCUGUAUCUUGCUUGCAAUGAAAAGGAGAAAAAGAAAAGCGCUUUUCUUUUCUCCAUCUUCAGACAAUAGUGUAACAUUAGGUUUACCUACACUGGUCCAUAAAAGCCAAUUUAUAGGAAGGAACAACAUAUGCGCUCAGGAGUACCGCAAUAUCAGCUCUGCGUCUAUACUAGAAGCUACUUCCAACUUCUCGGUGUCAAAUAAACUUGGGGAAGGCGGUUAUGGUCCUGUUUACAAGGGUAUCAUGACUGAUGGAAAGGAAGUGGCGAUUAAGAGGCUUUCAUGCUGUUCCGAGCAAGGCUCAGAGGAAUUCACAACUGAGGUUCAACUGAUAAUGAAUCUUCAACAUACAAAUCUUGUCCGGCUUUUGGGUUAUUGUGUAGAAGGAGAGGAGAAGCUUCUUGUCUAUGAAUACAUGCCAAAUAGAAGCCUAGAUGUCAUUCUUUCUGAUUCAAAGAAACGCGCACAACUUGAUUGGACCAGACGUAAAAACAUUAUUACUGGAAUUGCGAGGGGAAUUCUCUAUUUACAUAAGGAUUCUCGCCUUAGAAUCAUCCACAGAGACCUCAAAACUAGCAAUGUAUUAUUGGACAAUCAGAUGAACCCAAAGAUCUCAGAUUUCGGCAUGGCUAGGAUCUUUGCUGGAAGUGAAGGACAAGCUAAUACUGCUAUAAUAGUUGGAACCUAUGGAUACAUGGCUCCUGAAUAUGCAAUGGAAGGACUGUAUUCUUUCAAGUCUGAUGUCUUUGGCUUUGGAGUACUCCUACUUGAGAUAUUAACUGGGAAAAUGAACGCUGGCUUUCAUCGAACAAUGCGUGCUAGCCUCCCAUCAUAUGCAUGGAAAUUAUGGAAUGAAGGAAAAGGACUGGAGCUAAUUGAUCCAUUGCUGGUUGGUUCGUGUGAUUCAGAUGAAUUUUUGAGAUUUCUCCAUAUUGGAUUGUUGUGUGUUCAAGAAGAUGCAUAUGACAGGCCAACCAUGUCUUCUACUGUUGUAAUGUUGAAGAGUGAAACGGUAAAUCUUAGCCAACCUGGAAAACCUGCCUUCUCCAUUGGAACAUUCGGUGAUGGACAUAAUAAGGCUGGUGCGGUUAGUAACUCUUAUAAUGGGUUAACAAUUUCCAACAUAGCGCCCCGGUAUCAAGUUUCAGUUAUGAUUUUCAUAAUUAUACUACUUUUGAUUUCUACUACCACUAUUGAUGCAGAUCUUCUUUUCAAAGAUUGUCCAGAAACCAGAACCUACACUAUGAAUAGUCCAUUUGGAAAUAAUCUCAACCUGCUCCUUGAGUCAUUGUCCUCCAACACUUCAAUCUCUAGUGGUUUCUAUAAUGAUACGAUUGGCAAUGGCACCGACCGAGUCUAUGGACAAGCACUUUGUAGAGGGGAUGUGAACUCCACAGCUUGUCGGAGCUGUGUUCAUGAUGCAAGCAAGGAUAUCGUCGAAAGUUGUAAUAAUUCAGAAGCAAUUAUAUGGUAUGAAUUAUGUCAAGUUCGUUAUUCCUAUAUCACGUUCUUUUCAAAAAUGGAUUAUGCCGAGAAGGAUCCUGAGAAGAAUAAGGGGGAGAAUAAUGUAUCAAAUCCGAAUCUUUUAGGCAAUGUUUUGAAAAGCUUCAUGUCAAAGCUCGUGAAGCAGACUGCCUAUAAUUCUAAGCUCAUGUUUGCAACCGGCGGUGUGAAACUUUCAAGAAACCAAUCUGUCUAUGGUCUACAACAGUGCACUAGAGACAUUUCUGGAAGUGAUUGCGACACAUGUUUAAAUUCUGCUGUUACUGAGCUUUUGACAUGCUGCUCUACUCGUGAAGGUGGAACCGUUGUCAGUGCGAAUUGUAAUGUGAGGUUUCAGCUCAAACCAUUUUUGAACGGAGGGGACAAGAGGAAGACCUGGAAGGUGGUCGUUAUAUGUGUAUCCACUAUACUAUCAGCAGUUCUCAUUGUACUUUGUGUUGGCUAUAGGAGAAGGAGAUUGGAAACUGUUCAAGAUGAAGAAAGAAGCCGUAAUGGACUAGUACCUGGAUUAUUAAACCCUACUGGAGUAACAAUCAUAGAAGAAAACAAAAUGGUAAGUUUUGAAGAGCUGCCAUUCAUUGAUCUAGCUACUAUCAGGAAUGUUACAGAUGAAUUUUCAGAUUCAAACAAGCUUGGACAAGGUGGAUUUGGUUCUGUUUACAAGGGUUGGCUAGAGGGGAAAGAAGUAGCAGUUAAAAGAUUAUCACAAAAGUCAUGGCAAGGCUUAGAGGAGUUUAGGAAUGAAGUCACUCUUAUUUCAAAGCUUCAACACAGAAACCUCGUGCGGCUUUUGGCAUGUGGCUUUGAGGAAGGAGAAAAGCUGCUUUUGUACGAGUUCAUGCCAAAUAAAAGCCUUGAUACAUUUAUCUUUGAUUUGGAAAGACGAGCUGAACUUAAUUGGCAAACAUAUCAGAAUAUCAUUGAAGGAAUUGCCAGAGGACUUCUGUAUCUUCAUGAGGAAUCCCGGCAUAAGAUCAUUCACAGGGAUUUGAAGCCCAGCAAUGUGUUGUUGGACUAUGAAAUGGUUCCAAAAAUAUCGGACUUUGGAAUGGCAAGGAUGUUUUGUGACAACCAGAACACUGCCAACACCAAAAGAGUUGUAGGAACGCACGGCUACAUGGCUCCUGAGUAUGCAAUGGAGGGACUAUUUUCAGUAAAAUCUGAUGUUUUCAGUUUCGGAGUACUCUUGCUUGAGAUUAUUAGUGGGAAAAAGAACAGUGGGUUUUACCUAACAGAACAUGCCAAGACAUUGGUUGAAUAUGCAUGGACACUAUGGAAGGAUGGAAGAGGGUUGGAGAUUGUGGAACCUUUGUUGAUGGAACGAUGCCCGAAAGCAGAGGUUUUGAGAUACUUGCAGGUUGCGCUUUUAUGCGUGCAGGAAGACCCUGAGGAAAGACCAACAAUGUCAGCUGUGGUUGUGUUGCUAGGAAAUACUGACUCGACUGGUCUUCCUGAACCAAAGAAACCAGCCAUCUUUGCAAUUGGUAGAGUUUCUCCAAUGAAAAUGUCUACCAACAAUCCUUGGUCAAAUGAGCUCACUCUUUCCAGCAUUUCACCUAGGGGUAAACAGGCCGGCUGACGAAACAUCUUAGUGGAGAUGUUUGAUGCCGUGCUCCUAAGGAGAUUGUUCGAGCUCACAAGAAGUGUAAGCAAUACUUAUCCAAUGAAAGUAACUAUGUUGAAGAUUGGCGAUGUGGAAAACGGGCCGGCCUAGUCCAUUUUAUGCGGGCCAAAACCGUGUUCUUAUCGUGUUCGGGCCGACCCAUUUAUUUAUCGUGCUGGGUUCGGGCCGGCUCAUUUGCUUAAACAUCAAGCCCGGCUCAGUUCAUGGCCCAUGUCUAUGUCGGGCCGGGCCAAGAAGUGGGCCGACCCGGCCCAUUAGCAUUAUAAGACACAAUUACAAUAAAAAAAUAUUAUGUAAUUAGAAUAUUUGUUUUAUAUAGCUAUUUAGAAUAGUAAAAUAAAUAAAAUACUACAACAUAUUAUAUAAUUUUAUUCUUAAAACAUUAUGUAUGUCAAAACAAUGACGUUUUCUUCAAUACUUUGAUAAUAUUUGUGAAAUAUUGUAGUUCAAAUAAUGAA